UUGUAUUAGAGAGAUUGUCCCAAGCAGGUUGCCUACCAGAGCCGACAUGGAGCGUCUAGAGAGAAGACUGCCUGUAGCUUUCCUCCUCCUUCUGCCUCUUCUGUAUGUCAGCUGUGUCUCCAAUAAAAAAACGACAGUAUCCUGGUGUGUAUUGUCGGACGCUGAAGAGCAGAAGUGUCUGGAUUUGGCCGGGAACGCCACAGCUCAGAAUAUAAGAGGAAGUUUGCUAUGUGUCCGUGGCCUGAACACCAGAGACUGUAUAAACAAAAUCAAGAAUGGGACAGCAGAUGCUGCCUCCAUAUUUGCAGAUGACAUCUAUGCUGCUGGCUUCUGCCACGGCCUCGAGCUGGCUGCAGGAGAGUCCCACAACGGAGUAGAUGGUUUGAGCUACUACGUGGUGGCGAUGGCACGUCGCUCCUCCUCAGACCUUUCCCUGCUGGAGAUGCACGAGCGCAGCUCCUGUCACCCCGGAAUACGCACCACAGUGGGGUGGACUGUUCCUAUUGGCUACCUGGUCAACACUUCCCAGAUCAGCAUAGGGGAGCAGUGCAACUUCCCCAAAGCCAUCGGCAACUUCUUUGGUUACAGCUGUGUGCCGGGUGUCAAGGACGCCCAGCAUGACCCGAGAGGCAUCAACCCCAAGAACCUGUGCGAGGCCUGUAUAGGAGACGACAACGACAGACACAUCUGUGCCAACAACCACAGAGAGAGGCACUACGGAGAGGCAGGGGCGCUGAGGUGUGUGGCGGAGAACCUCGGGGAUGUGGCCUUUGUCAAACACACAACAAUCUUUGAAAAUUUGGACGGUAAGAACCAGGAGUCCUGGGCCCUGGAUCUGGAGCUGGAGGACCUGAAGCUGCUGUGCCCAGAUGGAACCGAGGCGGGUCUGGAUGAGUUUGACCGAUGCCACCUGGCAGCUGUCCCCACUAACGCUGUGGUGGUGCGCAUGGAGGACAAGUGUCGCGUCUGGAAGUACCUGGAACGUUUACAGAAUGCCUUUGGCAACGCCACGGAGGGCUUCCGUCUGUUCAGCUCAGCAGGCUACGGCGAAUCCGAUCUGCUCUUCAAUGAUGCCACCCACCACUUGCAGAGGGUUCUGGGUAGCUACACCUCUUGGCUGGGCCCUACUUACACCACCAUGCUGCAAGCCUUCGAGUGUGAGGGCUUCUGCUGAUGGAGCCGGAGGAAGACAUCCGCCGCGUCAACUUCCACCCCCUACCACUGUCUCCGUCCUCCCUUUCUGCAUCUCCUUGCUGCCAUCUGUGUCCCUCUGCCACUCCAUCUUGCCAUCUCUCAUUUUCUGUGCUUUGCUUCUUGUGUUUGUUUUCUCCCUGCAUUUCCCCACCCAUUCUCUAUAGCAUUAUGCCCCCCCUCCUCCUCCAACCUAGUGCUUCACUUGCAGGUUAAAAGAGUUGUAGUUCUUAUGUUAUUGACAGAUGGUGUCUCUUUUUAUUUUUUUUUAAGAGGGGUUUGAUAAAGAUUUUUAGUGCAAAUACCCCAUAACCAUACAACAUCACCCCCAAUAUUGAUUUAUACAUACAAAAACUGUCCCGUUAAAUGUAUGUCAGGAAAUUGUGUCCUUCUUGUUGCAUUAGCCUAAGUGUCAGUAUCACCCAUACACCCCCCACAGGGUCUGUCUCUGGCACUGAACAACUAGGGUGCUAUUAACUUUGAGCUUAGAGGUCUCAGUUACUGUACGUGUGUGUGUGUGUGUGUGAGUAUAGACUUUUUUCCCACAGCCAUUAUUGCCCUAAUUGGCAGUCUGGCAUAUCAUACUGUUUGUGUGUAAGUGAGAAAAAGUGUGUGUCUGUAAGUUUAUGUGCCUAUGUGUUAGUGUGUUGAUAGGAUUGCUGCUUUCCCAUGGCUUGUAUAGCUUAGGACUUUGGAUCACUGCUUUCUCACGUCUGGUAUGGUGGACCGGACUAUGCCAGCUCACAGUGUAUUGUUACACUAUACGGUUAGGAGAAACUGGAUUAGGGCUUGGGCUGCCACCAGUGACCCCUGAGUGAGUCUAUUUUUUUUUUAAAGCUUUGAUAAUUUUCUCAUCUGUUAAAACAUUUGCUUCAACCAAAUCUCCCAAAAUGUGCUCUCCAAUACCUACUUUGUCUGUCUUGCUUUAACACGUAAAGGAAUACAGUAUGUGGAAUACGUUUUUCUCCAAUUUAUCAUUUAUACUUUAAGAUACCAAUGGCAAGAUGUUGAUAAUGAAAGAAGUUACUAACAGGAAGAUGUCCUAGACACGGUGUUACAAGAGGAAAUUAGUCAGUGCAGUGUGUAAUAUUAUCAAAGAAUUGUCACGAAGAAGAGUAUUACUGAAUACUACACUAUCAAGAAAUGGUGAUUGUGAGAUAUUCAAGGAAGGGUAAUUAAAGAAUCACGGUUAGAUCAUCAGCAUGUUUAAAGCCUCACUUGACCUACAGAAUUGUGUACUGUAAAAUGUACGGUCUGUUCUGGGCUUAAGUUGAGUCUAUAGCUUUAUUAUUUUCACGUUCUGCACCACAGCUUAGCUUAGCUUGGCAAUAAACUGAUAAACCGGAUGAAGUUCUCCUCGCCAAAUUGUGUUUUUUUUGCCUCAUUGUACGUAAAGACAUCCAACUAGUUAGAACUAAUACAACAGAUACAAAUACAGGAUAUUUACGAUCUUGCUGAGGCUAUGGCAUGCUUUUGCAGGACUCUGUUUUGAAAAAGAAACCCAACGUCUUCUUUUUUAAAUAAAAUCCUGUCACAUUUCAUCACCAUUACAUUACAUUACGUUGCAUUUUGGCUCCUGAUGGCAAAAAAAAUAAAAAUAAAAAUAAAAAUAAUAAUAAUAAUAAAAGACGCCACGAAUAUUGAGAGAAGCAAUAUUUUUCACCUCAUUUGCGAAAGGUGAAAGGCAUAUCUGUUGUACCAAUUCCACUUUGGUUUGUACCAUUGGUGUUGUUUCUGCUGUUGUCUGACAGGCUUCAAAUUAUGUAAAUACUCCUUAUAGCUUGAGUGUGUAGUGUUGCAAACCUUCUCUUUUUUUCAACCAAUUAAAUGAAUGAUGAUAAAGAAAUAAUCCUCUCUAGUCCUUUCGAGCUGACUUCUAAUUAUCCUGAAACAGCUACAUGAUAUCUGUGUGGAAAUGAAUUAUGCUUG